AUGCCGGUAGUAGUUGUCGACGACUGUGGGCACGAGCACUCGCCUGCGGUGAGAGUGUCACACCGACUGCCAACGGCGGCAGCAGGGCUCUCGUUGGUGCUUGUGCUGGCUGUGACACUGGCCACAAGUUUGACUGCAACAUGCGCGGCAGCAAGACGAGAUGUUGCGAGGGCGGCGGACUCUGGUGCGAACGAUGUUCCCGAGUUUGUAUUCAUCAAGACGCACAAGACGGGGUCGUCGAGCGUGACUGUCAUGCUUGCGCAUGCUCUCGAGCACCGCGGCCUCAGGCCUGCGGUGCCAUGCCGCGAUCACUUGGGCUACCCGGAUGACUUUGUCGAUCCCAAGCGCACGCUGUGCGGGCGCGACCCCCUCAACUUUCAUGCGGCCAUCUCCCACAUUCGCUGGACGCCACGGUCCCGCGCGACGUUGCUGGGCCUUAUGGGUCCAGGCCAGCCCAAGCUCUUCACAAUCGUGCGCGAUCCCAUAACGCGUUUUAUCUCGGCGCUGGGUUACUACGGCAACAGCAGGCUGCAGCAGGCGCUGCACUUCGACCGCAACAGCAUCAACGAGGCCUGGUUGCAGGAGGCGGUACAGCGCAUCUCUCGCUCUGACGUGCGGGGCCAGCUGUCGCGCUACGCCCGGCAGUUGCACUUUAUUGGGUACGCGUUUGACUUCGGCUUGGCCAGCGACUAUGAGGUUGACGAGAAACCAGGCUUCCGUGGACAAGCACAGGACUUGGUCAAUUCCCUGGAUUUUGUGUUGCUCAACGAGGAGUGGGACUUGUCGAUGGCACUGCUCAAGCGCAACCUCAACAUGACGUACAAAGAUACGAUAUAUCCACACCUGAAGAAGGUUGGAAAGGCUCCCGUCGUUGUGUCGCAGGCAACGCGCGACCUGUUCUGCAAGGUGUUCUGGUCCGACUGCAUCCUGUACGAUCUGAUGAAGCAGCGGUUUUGGGCGGCGGUGGACGACGAUAUCCAGCGAAGCGCGCGCCUGGUGGCACGCACCAAUGAAGCGGCCCGCCGGGAUGCCGAGAAGGACGCCAGUACACACGGCAAGACGGAGGACGUGCAAGACUUCUUCAACCGUCUCCGCCGUGCAUGA